AAACAGAAUCUGUUAUUUUCAGUUUCUAACUACAGCAGAUGUUUGUAAUUCAUAAAGUAACAUUUGCUUAUUAGCAAAAUGUGCGUGCUAGGAGAGUCAUAAGCAAGCUUCUGCUAUCCUGAUAGCCACAGGAGAUCCAUAAAUCCUCAGAAACGAAACGGCAUUUAGCGGUAAAAACAUUUCGCGACCGGUAGGGAUUAUCAUAAAAAUAACAGUUUUUCGAAAAAGGUACUUCGUAUAAAUGGGAUGGGAGCUCGCUGGCAGUGGUCAAACUGGUUGAGUGUCUUCGCCGAGUUCAACAAAGAUGGUACCUUCGAUGAUGAUGGUGAGUGCGAUAAUCUUCGCCUGCUGGUUGCCGGGGGCGAUGUCCGCUGCUGUUGACCCCCAACAGCCGCAAGAAGACGACGACGCCCUCCUCGGGGAGUUUCAGCUGGGAAACAGGAGGUUCACUGCUGCUGUUUACGGGGAGCUGCUAAAACAAAAGAAGGGAAACUUCAUCGUUAGUCCUUUUUCGGUAGAAACCAUCUUGGCAUUGACAAAUGAAGGCGCGAAAGGAGAAACAUCUGAAGAGCUAGUGAAAGGCCUAUCAUUACCCGAAGACAGAGAGAAAAUUAGACAAGCCAUGAAAUCCCUUUUGCCAAAACUUACGGCGAGAAAUGAAGACAGCCAGAUCCUUAUGGCGAAUAAGAUAUAUGCUGAUAAUUCUGCUUCUUUGAAUGCUGACUUUGCAGAGAUGGCCAAAACUGUGUAUGGUUCUGGUAUCGAGAAUCUUAAUUUUGCAGACAACAAAGCGGCUGCAAACGAGAUCAACCAAUGGGUGGAGAAACAUACAGACAGCAAAAUCCAGAAGUUGAUCUCAGCAGAAGACAUCACAGAAGACAUGAAGCUCGUCCUAGUGAACGGCCUCUACUUCGACAACAAGUGGACGAAGCCCUUUACGGUAGAACGGACGGCAAGAAAACCGUUCUACAGACAGUUGAAUGACAGCUCUGAUGUUGAUAUGAUGAGACAAAUAGAGUACUUCAAGUACUAUGAAAAUACGGAGUUGAAGGCGAAGUUCUUGGAGUUGAACUAUAAAGGAAAUAAUGUGAGUAUGGUGAUCGUGCUGCCCGAUGAAAAUGUAGGCUUAUCUGCCCUGGAACAAAAUAUUGAAAAAGUACUGGAGCCUCAGCCAUACGAAAUGCAAAGAGUGGACCUCAGCUUGCCAAAAUUCAGCGUGGAAUCAAAAGUACAGUUUGUGCCCAUUUUAGAAAAUCUUGGCGUAAACAAGUUGUUCAGCGACAGAGCCGAACUGAAAGGAUUUUUAUCGGAACAAGUAGUGCAACUUCACGUAUCGUUAAUAGUUCAGAAAGCGUUCAUAAAUAUAACCGAAACUGGAACCAGGGCUGCUGCAGCUACUGGAGUUGAGCUAUGUCCAAGGGCUUGCUCUACUGACGAACCAGGAGACCACGUAUUCUUGGCUGAUAGACCGUUCCUCUUCUUCAUCAAGAAGUGCGACGUAGUUCUUUUUGCAGGAAAAUACUGCAAUGUGUGAUUUCGAACUUACUUUCCUUAGGCUUAAGAUGAACUACUCAUGACUGAAUGUGAAUUUUAUUUUUUAGUAAUAAAUUUUAC